UGAUUGGUGGUAUUGUACCAAGUUUUCGAACAAGAAUCUUGUUGGCCAAUAAAAAACUAGAAAAAAUGCUAAUUGGAGUCUGACAAGAAGAAUUUGUGAACGGACUGAUCAUUCGACGUAACUAUUACGUCAAAACCUGGUCAAAACAUAGAUUUUUGACUUGUUUUGAAGCAAUUAUUAAGUGAGCUUUGUAACUUGGAUAUGAACAAGUUAAUAAAAUGUUGUUAUUUAUGUUUGUUGUGACGAUAAAAUACUACGAAAUAAUAUAUAAAACUGUUAAAUAGUGAUAUCUAAGGACACAUAUAGUCAAGUAUUUGAAGCCCCAGCUGGUGUAAGCAAGGAUAACAGAGAAAUGGCAGAUGAACCUGGCCGAUCAUCCAAUAACUCAGCGGAGAUGGCGCACGAGAGCGGUGGCGCCGCGGACGGGUCCCCGCAGCACACGCCCUCGCCGCCGCACGCGCCGCGCCUGCCCCUCGCCGACACCAGCUUCCACCAGCAGAUCAUGCAGAAUCAGAACCCAAGAAAGAACCAUAUUGCUGAGCGGGCGAAACAGACAUUAGAGAGUAGUUUCCUGAUGCAACUAAAGAAACAACAGCAGCUGCAGCAAGAGAUCCUGCUGCAGCACUUCCAGCAGCAGCGGCAGCAGCUCGCGCAGGAACACGAGCAACAGCUGAUGCACCAUUUGAAGGUAAAUAUGCUGCAGUUGUGGGAACAGCAGAAGGCCAUGGAGGAGGCGGCGGCGCGGCGGGAGGCGCGCGAGGCGCUCGAGGCGCGGGAGGCGCGCGAGCGACACGAGCGCCACGAGCGGGACCGCGUCGACCUGCUGCGCAAGAAGGACAAGCAUGAACACAGCGCCAACGCCUCCACUGAGGUCAAGCAGAAGUUGCAGCAAUUCCUAAAAAAGAAACAAGCUAGUGCAAAUGGAACAGUACCUGGAUCCUCCUAUAGAAAUUGGGGAAUAGUGAAGUCUUCGUCGGGCGAGUCCAUCACAUCGACGGGCGCGACGGCGACGCACCCGUACCGGCUGGCCGCGCCGCUGCCGCUGGCGCUCAACGCCGCGCCCCCGCAGUCCUCGCCCGACUACCCGCUCCGCAAGACUGCGUCGGAGCCCAACAUGCUGAAGGUGCGGCUGAAGGCGCGCGUCAUCGAGCGCCGCGCCUCGCCGCUGGCGCGCCGCCCCUUCAAGACGCGCGUCAAGCAUCGCAAUUGCGAUGGGAGUUCGCCACGCGGGUCCCCGCCAGGGGGCGCGGGCGUGGGCGGCGCAGGAGGCGCGGGGGCCACGGCGCCUAUCCGCGAGGAGGAGGAGGGGUGCGGGCGCGCGGCGGACCUGCUGUUCUCGUCGCCGUCCAUGCCCAACAUCAGCCUGGGCCGGCCGCACCAGCCCGCGCCGCGCCUGCACCCCGCGCCGCCGCCGCUGGCCGUGCUGCCGCCCGUGUCGGAGGCCGAGGGCUGGGCCGCGCUGGGCGGCCGCCUCGCCAAGCGUCCGCUGGGCCGCACGCACUCCGCGCCGCUGCCCCUCGGGGACCCCGCCCUCACGCCGCCCUCCGCGCACCACUACUUGCGCGACCAGAUACGAAAGACUGUAUUGACGCGCGCGCACGACGCGGCCGCCGCGCAGCUGCGGGAGGAGGAGGGCGAGGUCAUCGACCUGACGGCGCGGCGCGCGCCUGCGGCCGCGGCGGCGGCGACGCCGGCGCCCCCGUGCGAGCCGGCGCCGCUGGCGCGCGCGCUGAGCUCCCCGCUGGUGGGGGCGCGCACGCCGGCCACGGGGCUGGCCUACGACGCGCUCAUGCUCAAGCACGGCUGCGCCUGCGGGGCGCACGCCCCCACGCACCCCGAGCACGGCGGCCGUCUGCAGUCCGUCUGGGCGCGUCUCUGCGAGACCGGGCUCGUCGCGCGCGCAGAGCGGACGCGGCCCAGGAAGGCCACCUUCGAGGAGCUACAGUCGGUGCACUCGGAGGCGCACGUGGCGGUGUUCGGGGGGCGCGGCGCGGGGGGCGGGGGCGCGGGCGCGCUGGGCGGCGUGCGCCAGCUGGUGCGGCUGGCGUGCGGCGGGCUGGGCGUGGACUCGGACACGGCGUGGUCGGACGCCCACACGCCGGCCGCCGCGCGCGCCGCCGCCGGCGCCGUGCUCGACCUGGCCGUGCGCACCGCCAAGGGUGAGCUGCGGAACGGGUUCGCCGUCGUCCGCCCGCCCGGACACCACGCCGAGCCCAACCAGGCCAUGGGUUUCUGCUUCUUCAACUCCGUGGCCAUCGCUGCCCGCAUCCUGCACACCCGCCACCGCCUGCAGAGGAUACUCAUCGUUGACUGGGACGUGCACCACGGUAACGGCACGCAACAGAUCUUCUACUCGGACCCGCACGUGCUGUACAUGAGCAUCCACCGGCACGACGACGGUAACUUCUUCCCCGGCACCGGCGCCGCCAGCGAGGCCGGGGCCGGGCCCGGGCUGGGCUACACCGUCAACGUGGCCUGGUGCGGGGGCACCAACCCGCCGCUAGCCGACGCUGAGUACCUCGCCGCCUUCCGGUCCGUCAUCAUGCCCAUCGCCAAGGAGUACGACCCCGAGAUAGUGCUGGUGUCGUGCGGGUUCGACGCGGCGGCGGGGCACCCCGCGCCGCUGGGGGGGUACCAGGUGUCGGCGGCGUGCUUCGCGCACAUGACGCGCGAGCUGCAGCAGCUGGCGGGGGGGCGCGUGGUGCUGGCGCUGGAGGGGGGGUACGACCUGCCCGCCAUGUGCGACUGCGCGCAGGAGUGCGUGCGCGCCCUGCUGGGCGAGCGCGGCGCCGCGCCCGCGCUGGCCGAGCUGGCGCGGGUCCCGCACGCGCGCGCGCAGGCCGCGCUGCGCGCCACCAUCGCCGUGCACGCCGCCACCUGGCGCGGCCUCAAGCGCGGCGCCGACCUGCUGGCCGUCUCCGCGCUGGACGCCGCGCCCGCGGUGGCGGCGGCGCGCCUGGGCCGCCUGCAGACGGAGCGCGACGCCGCCGACACGUGCCAGGCCAUGGCCACGCUCUCCAUGCACCAGCCCGCGCACACGCACCACCAGCCCUCCGACCACAGAUCUGCGGACAGCUCCCGCUCAGUGUCGGAGGAGCCCAUGGAGCAGGACGAGGGCAAGUGAGCGGGCCGGGGGCCCGGGGACACUUCAACAUUCCGGUUCCGGUAGUUAGCCGAUAGUAGCGUGGAGUGAGACGUACUCGAAUCCGUGUCUGUGCGACUGUGCUACGAGAGCUUUAAGGUGUAGUGAGCGAGUGGACGCCACCGCCGCCUGAUGCGACUACUAUACCAAAGAUUGUUUCAAAUUCUGAUGUUACAAAAAGUAUUUAUUCAAUGUGUAUAUAAUGGAAAUUGUGCAAAUCUAUUGUUGUAAAGUAAAUUUUUAUGAUGGAUAUAAAAUGUUUGUAUAUCUGUGUCCCUCGUGUCGGGCGUGUUCAUGUAUUGUCUGUUGCGUCGCUCGGCGCCGCUCCCACUUGUGUAACGUGUGAUAACUUAAUGUGAAACGAAUUACUGAACUAAUCUCUGUGUUGUACGGAUACUCGGGUAUCCGUGUUCUUCAAUAUUUUCACUAUGUGAUCGAAUCCUGAAGGAUUGCAAACAAGUUAGAUAUAUUAUGUGAAGUCAGAUGUAAAUGUUUAUAAGAGAAUGGUAUAUUUAAGCAGCCGAGUAACGGCGAGCAAUGCCGAGUGGUGGAGUAGUGUAUGCCGUGUGUUGGAUGGUGGAAGUUGUUGACUAUAGCCGACUACUUGUCCGUGCGUUACUCGCAUCCUCUAAUUAUAUAUUUUUGUAUGACGGCUGUCUGUGUGUAUACAACGUACCUACGGGAUGGGAUCCUUGUACGAUAAACAGAGUUAAACAAAUGUUGUGUCUUUGAGAAUUUUAUUGUUAAAUUGGAAUAAAGAUGAAAUGAUUAUUUAAUAAAUGUAUAUAUAUUAUAUAUAUAU